GCUCCAGCAGAAAGACUUCCACCGAGUAACAGCGCGUGCCCGCGGCUGCACGGCGCUAAUUUAGAGAGUUCAGUAACAAGAAACCCGCAGGGAAUAAGUCGGUGUUAUUACGUGCGGAGGGUCGCUGCUGAGACGUUUGGAGACAUGGAUACAACCUUUACGCACCGUUUUCAUCACUUACUGGACGCGUAAAAGCGCGUUCCGGAGCCGAUUGUGUGUGUUUUUUUUCUGUCAGGAAGUUUGACGUUCUCGGCUGAAGACCAUUUCUUGCUUUGUUUUGGUUGUGAGAAGACUUGUGUGGGCUCUGGACACCGCUCGGCAACUUUGUGACACAAAAGACUGACUUGUUACAGUUUGUGUGUUUUUUUUAAAAAAUUCCAGUUUGGAUUUGGAGCUCCGCGGAGUCCAAACAUCGAUGGACUUUAUCCAAAACUAACGGAGUGUUUAACAAACGGGACAAAAGUGUUUUUUUUUCCCUGCCGUUGUCCUGUUUUUGCUUCUCAAUCAUCCAUCACGUCUGUCUGAAUUAAAUCAUCUGUGCUUUUGCUUCACGCCACAAAGGCCUGUAUGUAUUCUUCUGUGGUUAUGUCCACAUUUACGCCUCGAUGCCAUGCAGCCGAUUGCAGUUCGGGCAUAAAAGCGCAGAUAUCUACAGCCUAGAGGAUUUUGGACUCAAACCUGGCAAAGCAGACGAGGAAAAUCUGCAAACUUAGCAGGAAGAGAGGCCAUCAGAAUCACGGAAAUCGUUCGAUGUUUCCUUCUGGUGAGCUGUUACGCACAAAUGGAUUUCAUACAGGCCACUCGCUUACUGUUGCACCUGGUUUUGUUAGUUUUUUAACGCAGUUAUGGGACACGGUUCUCUCUCCGGAAAAGUCUGAAGAGUGACACUCCAGAAAAUGUUUGGGAAAUGGGAGUUUUCCAGAGAACCGAAGAGGCUUCUGCAGCGGCGCAGAGCUGGUCUGCUGGCCACAGCUGGAGCGGUUUGAUGUAGCUUCUCCACCGGAACAUUCUGAGCUCACAUCUGUCUGAUUGUUUCUACACCCCGGGAAAAGUCGGUUCGUGUGCGCGCGCGCUCCCAACUUUCCGUUACCGAGGACAAGCCUACCUGGCGGGGGGGUCAGCCCCGCCAUGGCGCCCUCAGACUCCGGUGUGUCGGUGUGACCGGGGACACCGAUGAACGUGAGCGACGGCUGGACCUACUGCGUCAUCAUUUCUGCCGCGAGACACCGGUGACCGGAGUCGACAGGCUGUCGGUGGGUUGGCACAGCGAGUUUCUGAAGACUGGGUUGCAGACACACAAACAACACCACAAUGAAUGAGAGGCAGGCUCUCCACUCCAUAAUGAAGGACCUGGUUGCCCUCCAGAUGACGCGGCGCCAGCCUGUGUUGUCUUACGACAGCGGAAAACCCAAGACAACGGCACAGGCCAACAGACAGGACGACGUCAGGAUAAAGUUUGAGUUCUCAGGAGAAAGGAGGAUCCUCAUGUUUGGACGGCCCGUGCAGUUCGAGGAGAUUCAGCAGAAAGUAAAGACGGUCUUUGGCCAGCAGCUAGACCUGCAUUAUAUGAACAAUGAGUUGUCCAUCCCUCUGCGAGGUCAGGAUGACCUGGACAAAGCAAUCGACUUACUGGACCGAAGCUCCAACAUGAAGAGCAUCAGGAUUCUGCUCCUCACUCAGGAGCACAGCAACGCGUCCACACCCUCCCAUCAUGUGCCCUGCAAGCAGGUGAGGAUCAAGCCUUCUCAGUCCACUGGAGAUGUCAGCACAGUCUACCAAUCCUCCGAACCCAGGGGCCGGCACCUAUCCACUGGUUCUCAGAACACAGGGCGUAGCUCGCCGCCUCCCGGCUACGUCCCCGAACGCCAGCAGAGAAUCGCCCGCCAAGGUUCAUACACCAGCAUAAACAGUGAGGGGGAGUUCAUCCCCGAGACCAGUGAUCAGUGUGUGCUGGAUCCCUGGAGCAGCGCAGAGAACUCGGUUUCUGGAAGCUGUCAGUCUCUGGACAGCAGCUCAGACAGCCCCUCACUGAGGAAGUCUCGAAUGCACAGAGCCAAGAGUUACCCAGAUAAUCGUCAAGAGUGCUCAGACCGGGAGAAUCAUGUGUAUGACAGGGUGGCAGGGAAGGGAGGCACCUAUCCCCGGAGGUAUCACGUUUCCCUGCAUUGCAAGGACCCCAGUGAAGGUCGUCGAACAUUUCCACGGAUUCGUCGUCCACAGGGGAACCUGUUCACUCUGGUGCCCUCACGGCGGUCGCUCAACGGCAGCGAGGAGAGUCUGGGCAGCUGGCAGCUGGUGGAUGCACAGGGAAGACUGCGUCCUCAGGAUCGCUCUGUGCCCCAUAAGUCGCCCAGUGCUCCAGUGACGUGGCGUCGGGGGAAGCUCCUGGGUCAGGGUGCGUUUGGUCGGGUUUACCUCUGCUAUGAUGUGGAUACUGGGAGAGAACUGGCCGCCAAGCAAGUCCAGUUUGAUCCUGACAGUCCAGAAACCAGCAAGGAGGUCAGUGCUUUAGAGUGCGAAAUCCAGCUGCUGAAAAAUCUGCAUCAUGAGCGCAUCGUUCAGUAUUACGGCUGUUUGAGGGACCACAAUGAGAAGACGCUCACCAUUUUCAUGGAGUACAUGCCGGGGGGCUCAGUCAAAGAUCAGCUAAAGGCCUACGGAGCUUUGACAGAAAAUGUGACCCGGAAGUACACCAGACAGAUCCUGGAAGGGAUGUCGUAUCUGCACAGCAACAUGAUCGUACACCGGGACAUUAAAGGUGCCAACAUCCUGCGGGAUUCGGCGGGCAACGUGAAGCUCGGGGACUUUGGUGCCAGCAAGAGGCUUCAGACCAUCUGCAUGUCUGGCACCGGCAUCCGCUCCGUCACCGGCACCCCCUACUGGAUGAGUCCGGAGGUGAUCAGUGGAGAAGGAUACGGCAGGAAGGCUGAUGUCUGGAGUCUGGGUUGCACCGUGGUGGAGAUGCUGACAGAAAAGCCUCCGUGGGCCGAGUACGAGGCCAUGGCAGCCAUCUUCAAGAUCGCCACGCAGCCCACCAACCCGCUGCUGCCCUUGCACACCUCCGAUCAGGCGCGGGACUUCAUCCGCUGCAUUUUCGUGGAGGCCAAACACAGGCCCAGCGCCGAGGAGCUGCUCAGACAUCCCUUCUCCCAGAUUCUGUGCUCGGACUUGCCCAGUUUCUGACCCGUAACCGCAGCGUCACACAGAAGCUUCAGUAGCAACGGUAGCUUCCAUUAAAACCCUCCCAUGGUGGAAAAUCCAGACAUGGAAGUCAGUGUUAAAGGAGAUUCUCACACACAAAUCCAAAGAACAGUUCAACGCCAGCAGUGGUACCUUUAAAACCAGCAUGUGAUCUUCCAGGAGUCUCCACAAGGGGGAAACAGAACACAGAUGAAGCGUGAGGUGGAUUUGUGCUCACACAGGCACAAAUGCUGCAUCCCGACGGCAGCAUCACGGAGUCAUAGCUCAUGCACCAGUUGUGUCAUCCUGUGUUUACAUUCAGUUGUUAUGCAGUCGUGAGAAAUACCAGGAAUCCCUAAAGUGUUUGACUUUGAAACAUUUAGCUGCACACCAUUUUAAAGCUACAACAGGGCUAAAGCUCUGAGUUUGCCCCGGUAGAUGUUGAACGUCACUGAUGCAAAAACAGCGUUACUUAGACGGGGUUGUUCUCCAGCUUUUCUGUCUCUGUCUUUUUCUACUCAAAGACAUCUCUGCUCUUCAGCUUCGGCUUUUUCUUUAAGCUAUUUGGGACGCACUUUUUGGUGUCGGCCUCUCCAGAUUCAGAGAACAGGUGUGGUUUAGCAGUUUGUAAGAAUGGAAACCAAAAAGUCAGCAUCUUCCACAAAUACUGGGUCCAGAUUGGGAUUCUAUAAAUUACCAUUACAUUUCAACAGCAGCCAUUUCUCUGCUAAGUGAUUGGGCAAUAGUCUCUUUACCAGAAUGGAUUUUUACAUCCUCAGCUACUAAAAAUAUUUUGCUUGCUGCAUGAUAAAACUUAAGAACACUCUUCUUUCUCAAGUUCCAGCUAUGUUUCAUCCAGACAGCCUUUUUUAAAAUAUACAAAGCAGAAUUUUGUGUGGAAAUCUAAAAUGGCAUAAAGUGGCAAUAAAGAAAAAUAUAAUUUCAGACCAAUUUCAUUCACAGUUUAUAAAAUUGCGCAAAGGCGCAUGUCAUUUCUACCAUCCUUUGUUGGGUUAAGAAACUGAGUCACAACUUGAGAAAUGCGUUAAAAGUCUUUUUAUUAUUAUUAUUAUUGUGGAGCAAGCAGAAUAUUUGAAGAAUUCAUUUGCAAAAACAGAACUCCAUUUUGAUAAAUUUUCAUCCAUCCAUACACCGCUUUAUCCUCACUAGGGAGCGAGGGCUGCUGGAGUCUAUCCCAGCUGACUCGGGCGAAGGCAGGGGACACCCUGGACAGGUCGCCAGUCUGUCACAGGGCUACAUAUACAGACAGACAAUCACAUUCACACCUAUGGACAAUUUAGAAUAAUCAGUUAACCUCAGCAUAUUUUUGGACUGUGGGAGGAAGCCGGAGUGCCCACGCAUGCACAGGGAGAACAUGCAAACUCCAUGCAGAAAGAUCCCAGGUCGGGACGUGAACCGGGGAUCUUUUUGCUGCAAGGCGAAAGUGCUAACCACUACGGCACUGUGCAGGCCAAUAAAUUUUCAGAAAACUUUUUCUUAUUGUUUACUUGAGAUAAUCUCAAUCAAACUGAAGUUGAGUGGAUUUGAUUCAGUAGAAAAAUACAUGACAAAAUAGAGAAACAAAUUAAUUAUUAGUGUUAUUAUUAUUAUUAUUAUCUCAAGUAAACAAUAAAAAAACAAGUUUUCUGAAAAAUUUAUAAAACGGAGUUACCCGUUUUUGCAAAUGAACUCUUCAUUUUUUCAUCCAGAUAAUAUCUUUAAAGCAGAGAUAAUCAAGUGUUUAUUUUCUGAGAAGCUUUGUUCAGUGACUUGAAGCCAAAACCAUCAUGAGGUGACAACAAUUAUCUCAUUACAAUGCAAUGUUCUGCUGGAAAACUUUGGGUACCACAUACCUAAACACUGCUGCAGACUUUGCCCAUCCCAUCAUGGCAGCAGUAUUCCCCAGUGGCCUCUUUCACCAGCAUAGCAGUCUCCUUCACACUGCAAACCCUGUUCAGGAACGAUAUGAGGAGCACAGCAAAGAUCUUGGGCCUCUGGUUGUAAUGUUUUGGCUGAUUGGUGUGUGCUGAUGAUGUCAAAAAAAAAAAAAGCACUCCAUUCACCAUCUCUAUUAAUGUCUGUUUACCUGUAAAACUACCUAAUUUGCCACACUGCCUUAAUGCAUCCACGAAAUUUAAAAGAAUAGGUGGAUUUUAUACCGCCUAGAAAUUUAAAUUCAAUAAUCAGGGUGGAUUUUUCCUUCUAAAGAGCUCAUAUUAUGAAUACAUUUUUAUUUUAUGUAAAAGGUCUGCAGACUUUCAAAGCCCAAACAGGGAGAAGAGGUGCUCUAGCAUUUUUUUUAAAAAUUAAAUAGUCAAAUUCUAAACUUCUAAAUGUGCAUGAUAUGAGCUCUUUCAGAUUUUCUUUGUCUUGUUCUGCCUUUCACCUCACUGUGACUUCUUCUUCUACCAGCCAGCCAUCUUCCUCUUGUAGCUAGAUGUUCAAUAUUGCAGAAGUUCUCAGCCGACAAAGUGCCAAAACGGGCAGAUAAAACAUUAUGCUGCAGGCUAGGUAUCAGUUUAAUAUCAAAGGUAAAGCAGAUGAUGCUUUUUGUUGAUUUAAAGGUUUAAACUGAAGGCCUACAUUUUCUCUGUUGCCUUCUUCCUGUUCAUGUGCGUCUGGCCCAAACUGAGAAGCUUUAGCUUCAGGAUCAAUUCAAAUCAGAUGCACUUUGAUGUAAAAUGAAUGUUGUGGGGUUUUAUUCAAAUUUCUUUUCCUUUAAACGUCAAAUGUGAAAAUUCGUUCUCUUUUAUUUAUAUCCCCACGUCCAUUCCAAUUACAUUUUCUAAGUAAAUAUAAAUGUAUAAAUAUAUUUUUUAUAUUCAGACUGUGUCAAAUCUAAUGAUACUUUCAGGACUCAGUGUUGUUAAAAGUAAGUCAUUGAAAGCAGCUGGUUUUGCAGACAUUACAAAAUUGGGGUUUAUAAAUGAAAAAUGGGUGGAAAAACGAACUCUGGCUGCCUGGCUCUUGUUCCAGCGCAGAUUUUUUUUUUUUUUUCUCACACAUCCUUAGCUAUACAUUCAGAAGACAGUGUUAGCUGACAGGUUAUGGAAACUUCACAUCAUUGGCCGUGGAGCUUCGACACAUCUAUAAUGUCCCAUGAAUGAAACCUUUGAAGGCUAAACUUACAGGCUGCUGGGAAUAUUUCAUGUGUGAUGUCAGUGUUAUUAAAACAUAAUUAACGGGUGUGUGUGAGCCAAAGACAAGCGGGAUGGGAGCCAGCGCUGGAUGUCAGAGUUCGCUGUUCAACCCAGACGACGACUUUGUUUAUCCCAGGGUUCAGACAACGAGUCCAGUUUUCAGUGAUUUUUCUGGGCAAAGGGCUUGCUGCUGCCUUCAUGGUAAUACAGGAGUAUUUCUACGGGGCUGCUACACGCUAAAGGCAGCUAAAAUAUGUUCAGCGUUGAAAAUGAUGUGGUUCUUUUUAAUAAAAAAGGACCCUGGGAUAAGCAAAUGAACAUAAAAUAGUUGUUAGAAAUCUAUAUAUGUAAAUGUAUGAUAUGUAUCAUGACAAGACUUGCAGUGCAAAGUCUAAUGUAUCAAAUUUAUUUUACAGCAAGAAAAGAAUAGUAUGUUAUAUAUAUGUAUAUGUCAUGCCCUUUCUCAGAAACAAAUAAAUAGUUUUUAAAUAUGUG